CCUCUAAUGCCUCACCCCGCCUCAAGGCGGUCUUAAUUAAACAAGUGCCAAAGGUAGCGGUUUCUUGUUUUUUCAAUAAUCUGUUAGGCUUUACCUCUAGAUUACAUAUUGUUUUGUGCAUUGCUUUUUAUUGCAAGUUCUUUGCGCUUGUUGUUCGCGAUUUACAUUCAAUUGAAAUUAAAAAAGUGGUAUUUUUUGUAAAAUAAAUAUUUUUUUAAAAACCUCGUUUUUCAAAUUAAAAAAAAAAAUCUAAUAUUGGUAAAUUUCUAUUGGAAAAAUUACGAAUAUGUCGAGAAAAUCUUUGAGGAAUCUUUUUAAGACGAAGGAUGAUAAAGCUGACCUUGUUGAAUAUUUUUCGAGUAGUGAAGAUACGGAUGGUGAAGAUUUUGAUGAAGAUGAUAAUUUUGAUGAUCCAGAUUUUAUGUGUUCGGAAGACGAGUUUUUGAUUGACGAUUGCUUACAAAACAAUCUAAAUUCAACUGAAUUAUUGAUGGAUCCUGAAGUUGCAAGUCUGAAUUUUAGCUCUUUUGCAUCGUUGCCUUCCACGUCUGCUGCUGCACUUGCUACAUUGCAAUCAAAUUCCAGUAGUGUUGUAUCUGAUGGUGUUACUCCACGUUCCAGGAAACGAAAACGCAAUUCAAAUUGCUUCGAAUUGGAACAGGAAGAAGAUGGUCCAGAUCCAGAUAUUUCUACAACUGGUCAAUUUAUUGGGCCCUUUAAUUGCAUGCGAAAUGAUGCUCAGGAGUUCCGGUCUAUUAUGUGGAAGAAGAAAAACUUGCAAGUGCAUGUAAAUGAAAUCAUUUUUCGGGGUGAAAAAGAGUUGCCAAAUGACGUCAAAGCUCUGAAAACACCAUUUGAUUUUUUUCAAUACUUCUUGACUGAUGAUUUCUAUCAACACCUCGUUGACCAAAUGAAUUUAUAUGCUUGUCAACAGAAAAUCGAAGCUCGGUUUGUUACUAACAAACAAGAGAUUCGUCAGUUCAUCGGCAUCAUGAUGUUUAUGUCUGUGUACCGAUAUCCAAAUGUUCGUUCUUAUUGGGGAAGACAUUCAUUCGAACCAAUCCGAAAUGCAAUGACUCGAAUGAGGUUCGAACAAAUACGUCAGUUUCUCCAUUUCAACGACAAUUCUACCAUGGUGCAUAAGGGCCAGCCUGGAUACGACAAAUUACACCGAAUAAGACCAUUGAUAAAUCAUUUCAAUGAACGUUUUGGGUCUAUUCCUAUGUUACAUCGGCUUUGUGUUGAUGAACAAAUGUGUGCAACAAAAAUGGGAGGUAACCCUACACGUCAAUAUAUGCCAGCCAAACCACAUAAAUGGGGAACUAAGCUGUUCGUUUUAUGUGAUAGUAUGGGAUUUUCGUAUGCUUGCGAGAUUUACUCAGGUGCAGGAGAUAAUGUGGUGCCUGUAAAUGCACCAGAUCUUGGAGCAUCUUCAAAUGUCGUCGUGCGCUUGUCAAAACAUAUUCCAGAUGACGUAAAUCAUAUUGUAUAUUUUGACAAUUUUUACACGUCAAUAGGGCUUCUUACAUACCUAAGAAGUCGAGGAAUUUAUAGUUUGGGAACAGUUCGAUCAAAUCGAGUUCCAAAUAUAAAAUUAUCCACCGAAGCGGACCUGGCGAAGCGCAAAGUUGAGCGAGGUUACUCGGAAGAAUACGUUGCUAAUGUAAACGGCAUUGAUAUUAGCAGCGUUUUGUGGAUGGACAAUAAGAGCGUUCGACUUUUAUCUACUUAUUGCGGUGUUAAACCUUUUUUAUCAAACAUGUCAAACCCAGGACCUUCCACAUCUUCACGAUGGGAUAGAAAAACGAAGCAGAAGAUCGAAAUUGACUGUCCAUUUAUUAUAAAAGAGUAUAAUCGACAUAUGGGAGGUGUCGAUCUAAUGGAUGGUCUUCUAGGUCGAUAUCACAUUCGUAUGAAAACAAGGAAAUGGACAAAUCGAAUUUUUUUUCAUCUAUUGGAUGUGGCGAUGGUAAAUGCUUAUAUCCUUUAUCAUAGGUCAAACAAGGAAGUCACCAUUGAACUUCCAAAUUUUCGAUCAGAAGUAGCUGAGACUUUGUGCAUAAUUUCAACCGAUUCCAAGAAACCUAGAGGCCGGCCAGUGUCAUCACCAAUACCACCACCUUCGAAAUCAAAAAAGUCUUACUUUCCGACUUCAGAAGUUCGAUAUGAUAAUGUUGGCCACUGGUGCAUAUUUCAGGACCGCAAUGGUAAGAAAACUUGCAAGCAACCGGGAUGUAAAUCGGAGACGCAAGCAUAUUGCACAAAAUGUAAAAUAAACCUCUGUAAUUCUACCUCAAAGUCUUGCUUUAUGACUUUUCAUCAACGUUAGGUUUAUUCUUGAUUUUCUUUAUUUUUCAGCAUUUAAAUAAAAUAUUUUGAAUAACCCAUUAUGUUACACCUGUGUUAUUUUUUUUUCAUGAUAAGACCUGAGCCCGCCUACAGGCGGUCUCCUUAUUUUUACCUGUAAAAGGUGAAUACUUUUAUGUAAUGAAAAACUGAUUUCAGAUUCGUGUUUAUCACAUGCAUUUUAGUAUAUGCUGAAUUUUUGAAUCAAAUACAAAAAUAAGGCAUU